AUGAAUGUCCUACGGACGAUGUUCGGGGUGUGCAGCGGCUCCGCGGAGAAGGGCGAGAUACACGACAUGGUGCGCAAGAUAUUCGGCAACGAGCUCGUCCUCAAAGACAACACGGAUCGACAGAAUCAGUUAAAUAAUAUUCCCGGUUCAUAUGUACCAGAGGCGUUGAAGAGCAAGUACUUGACGCACAUUCGUGAUAAUCUUACGAAGGUUCUAGAUGUGAAAAUUAUGAGUCACAAAUCGAAAUUUGCUAAAAAGCACGCUCAAGCUCUUGUAGAUAAACAUGACACAGCUGACGAGAGACCAGGCAGAAUUGGACCGAAGAUUGUUGUCUUCGAUGCCUCUACAGGAACUGGACGCUUGGUACUAGUGGGCGAUGAAAGGGUUAGCGUUCAAGGUCUCUCUAGCUUUGCUACCAUCAGGGCGACCGCGUGCGUUUACGCUGGGAAAUGGAUGUUCGAAGUGCAGCUAGGAACCAAAGGGAUUAUGCAGAUUGGCUGGUGCACGGCCGGCUGUACAUUUUCAAUGGACACUGGUGUGGGCGACACGGCCAACUCUUACGCUUACGACGGUGGCAGGGUGAGGAGGUGGAACGUGGCCACGUCGCCGUACGGCCACGCCUGGCUGCCCGGUGACGUCAUCGGAUGCUGUCUCGACCUGGACAGGGGCAAUUUGGAGUUUUUCAGGAACGGCGAAUCAAUGGGUGUCGCAUUCGACAAUGUCACCCACGGAACUGGUAUCGCGUAUUUCCCAGCAGUCUCACUAGCCAUGCAGGAGCAUCUUUACGCCAACUUCGGCCACGUUCCGUUCGUUUUUCCCGUGGAAGGAUACGCUCCGCUGCAAGCGCCACCGGGAAGGGAGUGCGCCAAAGCGGCUCUCCUGUUCAAGUCUCUGGAUACUAUCAUAGAUGAUCUUCUCCAUCUCUCUGACUUUAAGACGGUCGGUGCAAAAUCGAGCAAGGCAAAGUCGGACGCAUCGAGAAUCGGCGAGGAGGAGGUGGCGUUGCGCAUCGAUAGCACAAACUCCGUAUACAGUCCUCGCGCGUCCCCCACAAACGUUCUCGACGUCCAGAGCGCUGAAGUUAAGAAGAUGUCGAGAAAGGCGUUUCUGAUGUCCCUGGGCCGUCUGGUGGUAAUAGAACUGGGCGCUUGUCUGAAGCUCUCGUACGUGGUUAUCGGUGAGCUGCUGACGCGCUUCAGGGGACAUUUAGGACUGAGGUCUAGAAGCGUCAACGUCGACCCACAGGCGGCGGAGUUUUUCGCGACGAACAAGGCGGCGAAUUUUGAAGACCUGUCUGCGAAGAUACUGACGCAGCCCCACGUCAAGCUGUGCGUGUUGCUGGAUCUGCUGUGGACUUUCCUGGACGAGUCGGCGUUGUGCGACGUGCUCGAGCACUGCGUAGUGAGGGAGUGUCUGCUGUUCGAUUCCGUUUCGCCGGUAAUGGAAAGUUUGACGCGAGUCACAGAAAUUCAUUCC